AUGGGACUUCGAGCUUUCCUGUCACUGCUACAUGCUGGGAACCUUCUGGUCAAGAAGGUUGAUGGGAUUGGGAGGUUUGGUCAGGUGGAGCUCAUUCCCAUUGAUCUUGGCCUUUGCCUUCCUGAAAGUUUGGAGGAUCCAUACUUUGAGUGGAUCCAUUGGCCGCAAGCGUCGAUUCCAUUCUCUGAGGAUGAGCUUGAGUAUAUAAAUAAUCUUGACCCUUUCCAAGAUUCUGAUAUGCUUCGGAGGGAACUACCAAUGAUUCGAGAGGCAUGCCUCAGAGUCUUGGUUGUUUGUACAAUUUUCCUAAAGGAAGCAGCAGCUUUUGGCUUAUGUCUUGCUGAGAUUGGUGAGAUGAUGAGCAGAGAGUUUCGAAGCCAUGGAGAGGAGCCCAGUGAGCUUGAGCUUAUAUGCAUUAAGGCAAGGAGUCUGCUCGGGGAGAUGGAAUAUCUUGUUGACGAGGUGAAACUGGAAGACAAUGAGGAGUUUCAGUUUGACAUUGACUGUGAGGAGUUACGUUUGACUUCAAAUAUAGGAGAUAAAUUAGAAAUGAGACCUCAUUGUUUCCUGUCCAAAGCCAAAAAUGUGCUAAAUCCACUUUCCAAGCUAGAGGAGAGUGCGGAGGAGGAGGAGGAGGGAGAGGCAGACAUUGAGGAGGAGGAGUUGAAUUUAAGCAGAGAUGAAUACGCUGGCUCUACAGAGGACAAGAUUACAAACAUUUCAAGGAUGUCCAUGUUAUUAAAAAAAAUAAGUGGCGGUGAGAACAGUUGGCGGCACGAGGGUGAGAUACGGAGAAGUGGUUACCUGGCUGGUUCUUCUUCCGGAAACAGGAGUGUUAAUGAGCAGCUUCCUUCAAGCAUGAGUUUUGUGACGCUAGCUGAUCUGGAUGAAGGGGAGUGGGUUCUGUUUCUUGAGAACUUUAAGAAACUUUUACAUCCAGCUUUCACUAAUUGCGAAUCUGGAAGUGCUGGUCAGAGGCAAAGACAGAGGCUUGGAACUUCCUGCCAGUUUUGAGAAGUGAGUCACUGGAUAUAUUAAAGAUGUUGGAAAGGUGUAGU